UGUAGAGCAAGGGCUGAGCUCGGCCGCCCCGCGUGAGCUGCCAAAGGAGCGCUUCGUCAGCAGGGCCAUGCGCUAGGCUCCCAGCCCACCGCUGCGCACCGAUGGGCUGCUCCUGGAACACCAGCGACAGCGAGGAGGACGCGCAGGAGCCACCGUGGGCCGCGCGGCUGCCCUGCGAUGAGCACCGCUGCUCGCCCUUCCCCCUGAGGGCACUGGUGCCGGUGACCGCCGUGUGCCUGGGCCUGUUCACUGUCGGGGUAAGCGGCAACGUGGUGACGGUGCUGCUGAUUGGGUGCUACCGGGAGAUGCGGACCACCACCAACUUGUACCUGGGCAGCAUGGCAGUAUCCGACCUGCUUAUCCUGCUUGGGCUGCCCUUCGACCUGUACCGCCUCUGGCGCUCCCGGCCCUGGGUUUUCGGGCCGCUGCUCUGCCGCCUCUCUCUCUACUUGGGCGAGGGCUGCACAUACGCCACGCUGCUGCACAUGACGGCGCUCAGCGUCGAGCGCUACCUCGCCAUCUGUCGUCCGCUCCGAGCUCGCGUGGUCAUCACCCGGCCCCGCGUCCGCGCGCUCAUCGCAGCCCUCUGGGCCGUGGCGCUGAUAUCUGCUGGGCCAUUCUUCUUUCUGGUGGACGUUGAGCAGGACCCGGGCGUAAACGCGUUCUCAGACCUUAACAGCACCGCACAGCUCACUCCCUCGCCACGCGCCUCACCACCACCUACGGCGUCGCCCCUCCGGUCCUCUCGAGUGCUGCUAACUCUAUCCCCGCUGUCGUGGCGCCAGGCAACGGAGGCCGAGGCACUGUUCAGCCGCGAGUGCCGGCCAAGUCCUGCCCAGCUGGGCGCGCUUCGUGUUAUGCUGUGGGUCACCACCGCCUAUUUCUUUCUGCCCUUCCUGUGCCUCAGCGUCCUUUACGGACUCAUCGGGCGGGAGCUGUGGAAGAACCGGGGACCGCUCCUUGGCCCUGCAGUCUCUGGGCGGGAGAGGGGCCACCGGCAGACGGUCCGCGUCCUGCUGUUGGUGGUUCUGGCAUUUAUAAUUUGUUGGUUGCCUUUCCACGUUGGCAGAAUCAUUUACAUAAAUACAGAAGAUUCUCAGAUGAUGUACUUUUCUCAGUACUUUAACAUUGUUGCGUUGCAACUUUUCUACUUAAGUGCAUCCAUUAAUCCAAUCCUCUACAACCUCAUUUCAAAGAAGUACAGAGCUGCGGCUUGGAAACUACUACGGUGGAGACAGUCCACACAGAGAGGUUUCAUUAGGAGCAGAAACACACAGGGGACCACGGGAGGAAACGCAGCUGGCUACACCGAUACCACCAUCAGCAUAUCUACGCCUGCCACAAGCAUGGCCAACCAAGUCGUGUCCUCCCACAGUUCUGGGACUUCAGAGAAAACAGUUUGAAACUUAAACCUGUUUCCAGAGGCCCUCAUUCAUGACAUGGUCUGUGUGAAUGGUGCCCCCCUGGAUGUCACAACUUGCUCAGUUGUAAAGUACAAGUAAACAGGGAUCACUCAACAUGCUGAGAAAGUUGUGCUUUGGCACUAGAUUAGCUGAGUAGGGUGAUGCUUUCAAGUCCCCUUGAAGUGUCCUAACUCUCUGACCCUGCCCUCCCAUGGAUCAGUGAAGAAGUCUCUCCCCUAGGAUGUAUUUCUCCCUAAUAGUGGAAGAAGCAGAGAGCAGCCACUUGGGGCAGCAGAGCCUAAACUCUGUUGGGCAGAUUUUCAGAUUACUUGAAAAGUCUACGGGAAGGUCAUGGUUAAGAAUGUUACUAUAUUUUUUUGUAAUAUAAUAUUUUAGAUAUAGACAGAAAAACCUCUCCUUGAAGCUUUCUUGUUCAAAUUCUCACUCUCCUGUGAUUUAAGUGUUAUGUGGUGUGGGCCUGAGGGAGAAUCACCCUUCCCUCACUGAAGGGUCCCUGAGAUGGAGUGCCUGAGCCCAUCCUUCCAGCAGAUCACUGUGUGGUUGUUUUCAAAAUGCUGGUCUCACCCAUUAGUGGAUUGUGAAAUCAGUGCAAUGGGUCACAUUUUUCUCUAAUGGGAAGGCAUGGGCAAGAAUCAGCACAUCCUGUAUAGUAAAAGUAACUUGUAUUGUGAAACCUUUGUUUCAAUUAUAUGUUGGUUGGUAUCUUUCCUGGUUCACAAAAUAAAAUGUUUUCCUACUGUGGGUCAUGGUCAAAAAUAUUUGAAAAUUGUUCUGCACCCCAGCAGAGAGUGUUCUUCUCAUGCAGUCAUAACUGGCUAUAAAGUGGGGAGGGAGUCCUGGAACACCACUGGGGAGGGACAGCAGGCUAUGUCUUUAAGUCCUGGGCCUUCCUUCUCCCUAGGGCCGUAUCACUGAGGCUAUGCCUCAGGAUCUCUCCCUGCGUGCAAACAGAGCCCUGUGCUGGCAUCCCUACAAGGUUCUCUUUGAAGCCCCCCUCCCUUCUAUAGGCCACACAGCUUGUGUUAGGUGAGGCACCAACGUUGGGGAAGGGUUUGGUUUCAUGAAUUCAAUUAGCAGAUGUUUACUGUUGGGAACAAGAAAAUUAAGAACUAAAUGUGACCUUAGUAAACAGGAACCGCAUUGUAGCUAAAAGGAACUAACAAGGGAGACAGAGUGCAGGAUGUAGUUGAGCAAACGUCCUGUGUUGUGUAGAUGUUCUCCCCUGGGUAUGCUAGAUAAGCAAUGCUUUGUUUAGUUUUAAAAAUUUGAAUUUUACCUUGUUCCCACAUGCGGUCUCUGUAAGCAAAUAGCUAACUGCCACGUCAGCUUCUGUGAAACGCUUGCUUGCUCGCGCCAAAACCCCUAUAUAAGGACUUAGCUGUAAGCGCUCGGUGCGACUCUUGUCUGCAGCCCUUGUGGGUACCGUGUCUCCGGACACUUUGAGAGUUUGCCCCUGCGCAGGUUAAACUUGGCCAAUAAAGCAACA